AUGGAACUGAUAUUUCUGCUCCUGGCACUAAUUCCUCAAGCCCUGGGUAACAUAUGCACGGGUCUACAUGCUGCUGUCCUGCCACAUCCCAAGUUUUGUAAGAAAUUUAUAAUAUGUGAAGAGGAGCAGCCGACAGAAAUAACAUGUCCUGGGGAUCUGUACUUCGACGUUAUUAUCAUGAGUUGCAUUCUACAUCCUUUGGCAAUCUGUAGCCCAACAUUACCAGCGCCGUUGCCAUUUCUGUCGGAAAAACCAUCGACCCUAACUAUCUCUACAAAACAACAAAAUUUACUGCCUACUACUACAUUGAAAACUAAGCCGCCAAUACCAACAUCUGGAAGUCCGAACAUAACGAAAGAAACGCUUCCGCCAUUGCCUCAAACCCCUACCUCUAAGAGUCCAUCUUCUAAUACUAUACCCUCAAUAACUCCCCCGAAUUAUAAAGGAAUUACAGAUCGAAGCACACACACCCCUUUCAUUUCAACUACACAAGAACAAUCGCAAUCGACUACUCAAUUCAGUUCACCGCCUACAAUAACGUCUUUAGGUCCCGAAAUUGCAUCCACUUCGACAGAAUCUUCUUCUUCUCCUACAGCAACUACUACACGAAUCAUAGAUCCAAGCAGACAUACCCCUAGCACCUCAACUACAAAAGAACAAUAUCAAUCAACCACACAAUUCAAUUCAACGCCUACAAUUACGUCUCUUGGUUCCAAAACUGCAUCCACUUUGACAGAUUCUACUUUUUCCUCGACAACUAAUACUAGACAAAUUACAGAUCCAAGCACAUACACCUCUAACACCUCAACUACAAAAGAACAAUCACAAUCAACAACAAAAUUCGUUUCAACACCCGCAAUAACGUCUCUAGGUUCCAAAACUACAUCCAAUUUGACAGAAUCUACUCCUUCCUUGACAAUAACUACUACACAAAUUACAGAUACAAGCACACACUCUCAUAUCGCCUUAACUACAAAAGAACAAUCACAAUCAAAUACACAAUUCAGUUCAACGCCCGCAAUAACAUAUCUGGGUACUGUAGCUGCAUCCACUUUCACAGAACCUACUUCUUCCUUGACAGCAACUACUACACGAAUUGCACAUCCAAGCAAAAACACCGCUCGCACCUCAACUACAAAAGAACGAUCACAAUCAAUUACAAAUUUCAGUUCAACGCCUGCAAUAACGUCUCUAGGUACCAAAACUACUUCGACAGUAACUACUACACGAAUUACAGAUCCAAGCUCACACACCCCUAUCACUUUAACUACGAAGGAACAAUCGCAAUCAACUAAACAAUUCAGUCGAACGCCUACAAUAACAUCUCUAGGUCCCAAAAGUGCAUACACUUUGACAGAAUCUACUUCUCCCUCGACAGUCACUACAACACAAAUUACAGAUCAAAGCACACACACCCCUAAAACCUCAACUAUAAAAGAACAAUCACAAUUAACAACACAAUUCAGUUCUACGUCUGCAAUAACGUCUCUUGGUCCUAAAACUACAUCUACUUCGACAGAAUCUACUUCUCCCUCGACAAAAACUACUACACGAAUUACAGAUCCAAGCACACACUCCCCUAGUGCCUCAAUUACAAAAGAACAAUCGCAAUCAACGACACAACUCCGUCCAACGCUUACAAUAAAAUCUCUUGGUCUCAAAACUACAUCUGCUUCGACAGAAUCUACCUCUCCCUCGACAGUUACUGUUACACGAAUUACAGAUCCAAGCACACAAAACCCUAGCACCUCAACUACAAAAGAACAAUCGCAAUCAACUACACAAUUCAGUCGAACACCUACAAUAACGUCUCUAGGUCCUGAAAUUACAUCUCCUUUGACAGUAUCUACUUCUCCCUCGACAGUAGCUACUACACGAGUUACAGAUCCGAGCACACACACCCCUAGCACCUCAACUACAAAAGAACAAUCGCAAUCAACUACACAAUUCAGCCGAACGCCUAUAAUAACGUUUCUAGGUCCCGAAAUUACAUCUCCUUUGACAGAAUCUACUUCUCCCUCGGCAGUAGCUACUACACGAGUUACAGAUCCAGCCACACAAAACCCUAGCACAUCAACUACAAAAGAACAAUCGCAAUCAACUACACAACUCAGUCGAACGCCUACAAUAAUGUCUCUAGGGCUUAAAACUGCAUCCACUUUGACAGAAUCUACUUCUUCAUCGACAGUAUUUACUACACGAAUUACAGAUCCUAGCUCACACACCCUUAACGCUUCAACUACAAAAGAACUAUCGCAAUCAACAACACCAUUCAGUUCAACGCCUGCAAUAACGUCUCUUGGUCCCAAAACUACAUCUUUUUCGACAGAAUCCACUACUUCCGCGAAAGUAACUACUAAAGGGACUACACAUCCAAGCACAUACACCCUUAGCGCCGCAACCACAAAAGAACAAUCACAAUUAACAACACAAUUCAGUUCAACGUCUGCUAUAAUGUCUCUUGGUCCCAAAACUACAUCAACUUCGACAGAAUCUACUUCUUCCUCGACAGAAACUACUACACGAAUUACAGAUCCCAGCGCACGAACCCUUAGCGCCUCAACCAUAAAAGAACAAUCACAAUUAACAACACAAUUCAGUUCAAAACCUGCAAUAAUGUCUCUAGGUCCCAAAACUACAUCUACUACGCAAGAAUCUUCUUAUCUCCCGUCAUUUUCUACUACACGAAUUGCAGAUCCAAGCACACAUAUCCCUAGCACCUCAACUACAAAAGAACAAUUGCAAUCAACUACACAAUUCAGUACAACGCCCACAGUAACGUCUCUAGGUCCCAAAACUGCAUCCAUUUUGAUAGAAUCUACUUCUUCUACGUCAGUAACUACUACACGAGUUACAGAUCCAAGCGCACCAACCCUUAGAUCCUCAACUACAAAAGAACAAUCACAAUUAACAACACAAUUCAGUACAUCGCCUACAAUAACGUCUGUAGGUCUUGAAACUGCACCCACUUUGACAGAAUCUACUUCUCCCUCGACAGUGACUACUACGCGAAUUACAGAUACAAGCACUCCUAAAACCUCAACUAUAAAAGAACAAUCACAAUCAACUACACUAUUCAGUUCAACGCCUACAAUAUCGUCUCUAGGUCUCAAAACUACAUCUACAUCGACAGAAUCCACUUCUCCCUCGACAGUAACAACUACACGAAUUACAGAUCCAAUUACACAUUCCCCUAGCAUUUCAACGGCAAAAGAACAAUCACAAUCAAGUACACAAUUCAGUUCAACGCCUACAACAACGUCUCUAGGUCCCAAAACUACAUCUUCGACAGAAUCCACACCUCCUGUGAAAGUAGAUACUACUCGAAUUACAGAUCCAAGCACACACACACCUAGAGCCUCAACUACAAAAGAACAAUCGCAAUCAACUACAGAACUCAGUCCAACGCCUACAAUAACGUCUGUAGGUCUUAAAACUGCAUCCACUUUGACAGAAUCUACUUCUCCCUCGACUGUCACUACUACGCGAAUUACAGAUCCAAGCACACACACUCCUAAAAUCUCAACUAUAAAAGAACAAUCACAAUCAACUACACAAUUCAGUUCAACGUCUGCAAUAACGUCUCUAGGUCCCAAAACUACAUCUACAUCGACAGAAUCUACUUCUCCCUCGACAGUUACUACUAUACGAAUUACAGAUCCAAGCACACAUUCCCCUAGCGCCUCAACGGCAAAAAAACAAUCGCAAUCAAGUACACAAUUCAGUUCAACGUCUACAAUAACUUCUGUAGGUCCCAAAACUGCAUCCGAUUUGACAGAAUCUACUUCUACCUCGACAGUCACUACUACACGAAUUACAGAUCGAAGCACACUCACCGCUAGCACCUCAACUACAAAAGAACAAUCGCAAUCAACUACAGAACUCAGUCCAACGCCUACAAUAACGUCUGUAGGUCUUGAAACUGCAUCCACUUUGACAGAAUCUACUUCUCCCUCGACAGUCACUACUAAGCGAAUUACAGAUCCAAGUACACAGACUCCUAAAACCUCAACUAUAAAAGAACAAUCACAAUCAACUACACUAUUCGGUUCAACGCCUAAAAUAACGUCUCUAGGUCCCAAAACUACAUCUACUUUGACAAAAUUUACUUCUCCCUCGACAGUUACUUCUACACGAAUUACAGAUCCAAGCACACAUUCCCCUAGCGCUUCAACGGCAAACGAACAAUCACAAUCAAGUACACAAUUCAGUUCAACGCCUACAAUAACUUCUCUCGGUCCCAAAACUACAUCUACUUCGACAGAAUCCACAACUUCUGCGAAAGUAACUACUACACAAAUUACAGAUUCAAGCACACACACCCCUAGCACCUUAACUACAAAACAACAAUCGCAAUCAACUACACAACUCAGUCCAAUGCCUACAAUAACGUCUGUAGGUCUUGAAACUGCAUCCACUUUGACAGAAUCUACUUCUCCCUCGACAGUCAUUACUACGCGAAUAACAGAUCCAAGCACACACACUCCUAAAACCUCAACUAUAAAAGAACAAUCACAAUCAACUACACAAUUCAGUUUAACGUCCGCAAUAACGUCUCUAGGUCCCAAAACUACAUCUACAUUGACAGAAUCUACUUCUCUCUCGACAGUAACAACUACACGAAUUACAGAUCCAAGCACACAUUCCCCUAGCACCUCAACUACAAAAGAACAAUCGCAAUCAACUACAGAACUCAGUCCAACGCCUACAAUAACGUCUGUAGGUCUUGAAACUGCAUCCACUUUGACAGAAUCUACUUCUCCCUCGACAGUUACUUCUACACGAAUUACAGAUCCAAGCACAUAUUCCCCUAGCGCUUCAACGGCAAAAGAACAAUCACAAUCAAGUACACAAUUCAGUUCAACGCCUACAAUAACUUCUCUAGGUCCCAAAACUACAUCUACUUCGACAGAAUCCACAACUUCUGCGAAAGUAACUACUACACGAAUUAAAGAUUCAAGCACAUACACUCCUAGCACCUCAACUACAAAAGAACAAUCGCAAUCAACUACACAACUCAGUCCAAAGCCUACAAUAACGUCUGUAGGUCUUGAAACUGCAUCCACUUUGACAGAAUCUACUUCUCCCUCGACAUUCAUUACUACGCGAAUUACAGAUCCAAGCACACACACUCCUAAAACCUCAACUACAAAAGAACAAUCACAAUCAACUACACAAUUCAGUUCAACGUCCGCAAUAACGUCUCUAGGUCCCAAAACUACAUCUACUUCGACAGAAUCCACAACUUCUGCGAAAGUAACUACUACACGAAUAACAGAUCCAAGCACACACACUCCUAAAACCUCAACUAUAAAAGAACAAUCACAAUCAACUACACAAUUCAGUUUAACGUCCGCAAUAACGUCUCUAGGUCCCAAAACUACAUCUACAUUGACAGAAUCUACUUCUCCCUCGACAGUAACAACUACACGAAUUACAGAUCCAAGCACACAUUCCCCUAGCACCUCAACUACAAAAGAACAAUCGCAAUCAACUACAGAAUUCAGUCCAAUGCCUACAAUAACGUCUGUUGGUCUUGAAACUGCAUCCACUUUGACAGAAUCUACUUCUCCCUCGACAGUCACUACUACGCGAAUUACAGAUUCAAGCACACAGACUCCUAAAACUUCAACUAUAAAAGAACAAUCACAAUCAACUACACUAUUCAGUUCAACGUCUGCAAUAACGUCUCUAGGUCCCAAAACUACAUCUACAUUGACAGAAUCUACUUCUCCCUCGACAGUAACAACUACACGAAUUACAGAUCCAAGCACACAUUCGCCUAGCACCUCAACUACAAAAGAACAAUCGCAAUCAACUACAGAACUCAGCCCAACGCCUACAAUAACGUCUGUAGGUCUUGAAACUGCAUCCACUUUGACAGAAUCUACUUCUCCCUCGACAGUUACUUCUACACGAAUUACAGAUCCAAGCACAUAUUCCCCUAGCGCUUCAACGGCAAAAGAACAAUCACAAUCAAGUACACAAUUCAGUUCAACGCCUACAAUAACUUCUCUAGGUCCCAAAACUACAUCUACUUCGACAGAAUCCACAACUUCUGCGAAAGUAACUACUACACGAAUUAAAGAUUCAAGCACACACACUCCUAGCACCUCAACUACAAAAGAACAAUCGCAAUCAACUACACAACUCAGUCCAAAGCCUACAAUAACGUCUGUAGGUCUUGAAACUGCAUCCACUUUGACAGAAUCUACUUCUCCCUCGACAGUUACUUCUACACGAAUUACAGAUCCAAGCACAUAUUCCCCUAGCGCUUCAACGGCAAAAGAACAAUCACAAUCAAGUACACAAUUCAGUUCAACGCCUACAAUAACUUCUCUAGGUCCCAAAACUACAUCUACUUCGACAGAAUCCACAUCUUCUGCGAAAGUAACUACUACGCGAAUUACAGAUCCAAGCACACACACUCCUAAAACCUCAACUACAAAAGAACAAUCACAAUCAACUACACAAUUCAGUUCAACGUCCGCAAUAACGUCUCUAGGUCCCAAAACUACAUCUACAUUGACAGAAUCUACUUCUCCCUCGACAGUAACAACUACACGAAUUACAGAUCCAAGCACACAUUCGCCUAGCACCUCAACUACAAAAGAACAAUCGCAAUCAACUACAGAACUCAGUCCAACACCUACAAUAACGUCUGUAGGUCUUGAAACUGCAUCCACUUUGACAGAAUCUACUUCUCCCUCGACAGUUACUUCUACACGAAUUACAGAUCCAAGCACAUAUUCCCCUAGCGCUUCAACGGCAAAAGAACAAUCACAAUCAAGUACACAAUUCAGUUCAACGCCUACAAUAACUUCUCUAGGUCCCAAAACUACAUCUACUUCGACAGAAUCCACAACUUCUGCGAAAGUAACUACUACACGAAUUAAAGAUUCAGGCACACACACUCCUAGCACCUCAACUACAAAAGAACAAUCGCAAUCAACUACACAACUCAGUCCAAAGCCUACAAUAACGUCUGUGGGUCUUGAAACUGCAUCCACUUUGACAGAAUCUACUUCUCCCUCGACAUUAUAUACUACUCGAAUUACAGAUCCAAGCACACACACUCCUAAAACCUCAACUACAAAAGAACAAUCACAAUCAACUACACAAUUCAGUUCGACGUCCGUAAUAACGUCUCUGGGUCCCAAAACUACAUCUACAUUGACAGAAUCUACUUCUCCCUCGACAGUAACAACUACACGAAUUACAGAUCCAAGCACACAUUCGCCUAGCACCUCAACUACAAAAGAACAAUCGCAAUCAACUACAGAACUCAGUCCAACACCUACAAUAACGUCUGUAGGUCUUGAAACUGCAUCCACUUUGACAGAAUCUACUUCUCCCUCGACAGUUACUUCUACAAGAAUUACAGAUCCAAGCACAUAUUCCCCUAGCGCUUCAACGGCAAAAGAACAAUCACAAUCAAGUACAGAAUUCAGUUCAACGCCUACAAUGACUUCUCUAGGUCCCAAAACUACAUCUACUUCGACAGAAUCCACAACGUCUGCGAAAGUAACUACUACACGAAUUACAGAUCCAAGCACACACACCCCUAGCACCUCAACUACAAAAGAACAAUCGCAAUCAACUACACAACUCAGUCCAACGCCUACAAUAACGUCUGUAGGUCGUGAAACUGCAUCCACGUUGACAGAAUCUACUUCUCCCUCGACAGUCAUUACUACGCGAAUUACGGAUCCAUGCACACACACUCCUAAAACCUCAACUACAAAAGAACAAUCGCAAUCAACUACAGAACUCAGUCCAACGCCUAUAAUAACGUCUGUAGGUCUUGAAACUGCAUCCACUUUGACAGAAUCUACUUCUCCCUCGAUAGUCACUACUACACGAAUUACAGAUCCAAGCACACAUUUCCCUAGCACCUCAAUAGCAAAAGAACAAUCACAAUCAAGUACACUAUUCAGUUCAACGCCUACAACAACGUCUCUAGGUCCCAAAACUGCAUCCUCUUUGAGUUCAACAGUUUCGCUUGGAUCAAGUUUAUUACCUUCUACAACAACAAUUAGAACGACAUCACUGUCCUCAACUACACAACCAUCUUCAUCCUUGCCUCCGAUUUCCACUACAUCCAUUUUUACUACAAACGAAACAAGGAGUACGUUAACAGAAAUGACAACAAUAGUUAAUGAAAAUUUACCUGAAGCAAAGCCUCUCCCACCGCUUACAACUACUGAAGCACAGCCAUCGCCUUUGCCACCUCUUUUACCUGUUAGUUUGUCGACUUCACCGUUAUAUACCACUGACACUGUUUCUACCACUUCUCCAUCAUGUGAUCCUUAUAGAUAUUACACACUGCCCAAUUCCGUUGAUACCAGAACUUUCUUUUAUUGCGUAUACGGAACUAGAUACCUGUACACGUGUCCAUAUAAUUAUAAAUUCAAUCCUGUUAAGCACAUUUGCACACGUCCAGUGGACUGCGAAUGCGAUCAUACAAAUGCUUCUAUGAAAACUUAUGGAGGUCGUAAACCGGCCGUAAUCAUUUAUAAGACCGCAACAGCCAAAAAGAUGCAGAUAAAUUUUGUUUUCCUUGUCGCUUUCUCAUUUAUCUACGUAUCGGCAUCAAGCGUUCUUGGUGAAAUGGUUGUCAACAAUAUUUCAGUUACCAAAACACUGAAAUCAGCUCUUGUAAAUGAAAUCACUAACAAAGCAAAAAGAAAAGCUUUUAAUUCUCCUGACUCUGCUUUCAAAAUGCCAGAUAUAGAAGAAAAAUUAAACCAAACUUGUCAGAUAAUGUUGUUUCAGCGAGGUGAUAUAUCUAGAAAAAAGGAACCAGAACAAGAUUUUAAGACAAAGAAAAUAGACAAAAUUAUAGAUCUACAUGAGCAUUUCAAUCUAAAGAAGUGCUAG